GUCCUUGCAUUGGACAGCAGCAGCCGCUUAGUCGACUCGAGACGCCUUCCCCGCAGCAGCUUCGUGAGUGGGUCUUUCGGCGAGGCCGCUUUGGUGCUAGAGCUUGGCGUUUUACAGCUCCUCAAGCUGCUACUACUGGGGGUGCUGGGGGUGCUGGUGCUGCUGGAGCCGGAGGUACUGGAGGUCCUAGAGGUGCUGGGGCUGCUGGUCCUGGAGGUGCUCGUACUAGAGGUGCUGGAGCUGCCGGAGCUGGUGGUGCUGCUGGUGCUAGAGGUGCUGGAGGUGCUACUGGAGGUGCUGGGGGUACUGGAGCUGCUGGUACUGGAGGUGCUGGUGCUGGAGGUGCUGGAGAUGCUGCUGGUGCUGGAGGUGCUGGAGCUGGAGGGCUGGUGGUUCUGCUGGUGCUGGAGGUGCUACUGGAGGUGCUAGGGGUGCUAGAGCUGCUGAAACUGGAGGUGCUGGUGCUGCUGGUGCUGGAGGGUACUGGAGGUGCUGCCGGAGCUGGAGGUGCUGGUACUGGAGGUGCUGAAGGGGCUGCUCGUGCUGGAGGUGCUGGAGGUGCUGCUGGUGCUGGAGGCGCUGGAGCUGGAGGUACUUGA